AUGUGGGAUAAAUCUCUUAUUGAUGUCUGUUCCUCUAUGAGUUUUGCUCACGUCAUUGUUGUCAGUGGUAGAGUCAUUCUCACAGGGGAAGAUGUUGUUGUUGUUAAUGUGUAUGCGCCUUGCGAGCAGAUAGCUAAAAGGGACUUGUGGGACCGCUUUUUGAUUCCGAAAGUGAAUAGUUUGCAAAGGUUUAAUGACUUUCAUCCUAUAUCUACGGUGGGGUAUAUGUACAAGGUGUUAGCGAAGGUUUUAGUCAAUAGGCUUCGUGCAGUCAUGGGUAGUGUGGUCUCAGAUUCACAGUCAGCAUUUGUUAAGGGGAAGCAAAUUUUAGAUGGUAUCUUGAUUGCAAAUGAAACAGUUGAUGAAGCAAGACACUUGAAAAAGGAGCUUAUUUUGUUUAAAGUUGAUUUUGAAAAGGCUUAUGAUUCAGUGGACUUAAUUAUCUUGAUUAUGUGA